AUGGCGGUCUAUCUCAUCUCAUCGUUCAACCUUUUGACCUUUGUCCCUCCCCAAGAUGGCCGCACGCUGCUGCUGGCGCCGUGCCUAGCGGACACGCCGGCGGCGGAGGUCCUGCAGCGCGCCGUGUUGGAGUCGCGGGUGCGAGAGGUGGAGGCCGAGAACCGCCAGAUCCGGCUGCGGCUCAGCCAAUCGCUGGGCACGGCCGCCCAGCCCCAGGAGGGUAACUACGGCAACCAGCAGUGGGGGGCGUCGGCGGACACGGGGCCGGAGGACGUGGAGAACACGGCGGAGGAGAAGAACAACCACACGGAGUGCCCGCGCGCGCCCAGCGUGCAGAAGUGUGAGCUGAUCCAUGUAGCGUGUGUGUGUGCCGGUCACAACGCCAGCAGAGAUGUUGUAACUCUGGUCAAGUCUAUUCUCUUCCAUAGGAGGAACCCGCUUCACUUCCACUUCAUCACAGACACGGUCGCCCAUCAGAUCCUCAGCACCCUGUUUCAGUCCUGGAUGGUUCCUUCGGUCCAAGUUAGCUUCUAUGACGCAGAUGAACUCAAGUCGGAGGUGUCGUGGAUCCCUAACAAGCACUACUCGGGCAUCUACGGCCUGAUGAAGCUGACCCUCACCAAAGCCCUGCCCUCCAACCUGUCCAAGGUCAUCGUCCUGGACACAGACAUCACCUUCGCCACGGACAUCGCCGAGCUCUGGGGAAUCUUCCAGAAGUUCACCGACAAACAGGUGAUCGGUCUGGUGGAGAAUCAGAGCGACUGGUACCUGGGAAACCUUUGGAAAAACCACAAACCCUGGCCUGCCCUUGGGCGAGGCUUCAACACCGGGGUGAUCCUGCUCUACCUCGAGCGCUUGCGGAGACUUCGCUGGGAGCAGAUGUGGAGGCUGACGGCGGAGCGAGAGCUCAUGAGCAUGCUCAGUACAUCUCUGGCCGACCAGGACAUCUUCAACGCCUUCAUCAAGCAGAACCCCGUCCUGGUCCACCAGCUCCCCUGCUUCUGGAACGUCCAGCUGUCGGACCACACGCGCUCCGAGCAGUGCUACACGGAGGUGUCUGACCUCAAGGUGAUCCACUGGAACUCGCCGAAGAAGCUGCGCGUGAAGAACAAGCACGUGGAGUUCUUCAGGAACCUCUACCUGACCUUCCUGGAGUACGACGGCAACCUGCUGAGGCGAGAGCUGUUUGGCUGUCCCAGCCAGGCCACUCCGGAGAGCAUCCGGCUGCAGACGUCGCUGGAGGACCUCGACGAAGACGACCAGUGCUACGACUUCCGGCGGGAGCGGAUCACCGUGCACCGAGUGCACCUCUACUUCCUGCAGUACGAGUACACGCCCACGGAGGACGACGUCACGCUGGUGGCCCAGCUCUCCAUGGACCGGCUGCAGAUGCUGGAGGCCAUCUGUAAGCACUGGGAGGGCCCCGUCAGCCUGGCGCUCUACAUGUCCGACGCCGAGGCGCAGCAGUUCCUGCGUUACGCCCAGGCCUCCGAGGUCCUCAAGAACCGCAAGAACGUGGGCUACCACGUGGUGUACAAGGAGGGCCAGUUCUACCCCGUCAACCUGGUGCGGAACGUGGCCCUGAGGAACGCCAACACGCCCUACGUGUUCCUGGCCGACGUGGACUUCCUGCCCAUGUACGGCCUCUACGAUUACCUCAGGAGGGCCGUGGUGCAGCUGGACAUGGCCCACACUAAGAAGGCUCUGGUGGUGCCGGCGUUCGAGACGCUCCGCUACCGCCUGUCCUUCCCCAAAUCCAAAGCAGAGCUGCUCUCCAUGCUGGACAUGGGGACACUGUACACCUUCAGGUAUCAUGUCUGGACCAAGGGACAUGCUCCAACCAACUAUGCCAAAUGGCGGACGGCCACCACCCCCUACAAGGUGGAGUGGGAGUCGGACUUCGAGCCCUACGUGGUGGUGAGGCGCGACUGCCCCGAGUACGACCAGCGCUUCGUGGGCUUCGGCUGGAACAAGGUGUCUCACAUCAUGGAGUUGGAUGCACAGGAGUACGACCUGAUGGUCCUCCCCAACGCCUUCAUGAUCCACAUGCCGCACGCGCCCAGCUUCGACAUCUCCAAGUUCCGCUCCAGCCCCAGCUACCGCAACUGCCUGGGCACGCUGAAGGACGAGUUCCACCAGGACCUGUCCAGGAAGUACGGCUCGGCCGCCCUCAAGUACCUGACCGCCCAGAGGAACAUCUAGCGUCCCAGAGACACGGCAGAGACACGGGCACACACAGAGUGGGAGAGAGAGAGAGAGACAAAGAGAGAGACAAAGAGAGAGACUCAUCUCAAAACGUGGGUCGGACGGCCCGUCUUCUACAGCCACAUACACGUGAAGCGGGCGGGAACACUCGAGCAGAUGAAAGGGCUGACACGACACAGCGGCCCGGUGCAGCUCCACGGCGCCCUUGGUUUUUUGUUGUCUUGGUGUUUUGGGUUUUUCUUGAGUCUGCGCAAUCCGGUACGUUCGGUUCUCGAGCGGGGGGGGAUGGGGGGGGGGGGGGGGGGUGAACGACCGGGGGUUGGAGAUGCCAAACUGGAGGGAGGCCACAUGGGACUGUUGCUGGAGGAUCACUGGCGGAGCAGGAAGUGAUGUCGCAGAGGAAGAGCGUCAGGAUACCGCUGACCAGACGAGCUUUAAGGCCAGGAAAACCAUAUUGUUACGAUUCGUUGAGACAAUCAAGGCUUAGUAUUUUGGGGGUUUUCAGAAGACACACUUGAGCUACUCCGUCCGUACAGAUAGACGGACAUUUAGCGGCGAGGACAGAAAACAUUAGGUAAAGAGAAAUUAUUUGAAAUAUCCAAAUGAGAAGAUGAGACAGAGGCUUGGAGUUGGAGCUGGGGCUAUCGUUUGAAAGCCUUACCAAUUUUCCAUGAUAUUUAAUAAGAUAUUUAAUUAUAUUUUCAUUUUAUCCUCUGUGUAAAUGACAACCAAUGAAUAAUAAACAUUGGCAUAGACAAUGUUUUGAUUACAAUGUUGAUUAAGAAUGACAUAAUUUGCUUCUCUUUAUAUUUUUCUGACCCCUUGAGAAGAGAAUAUAUUGUGUUCCUUAUAAAAAAACAGAAUUGCAUAUAGAUCUUCUGUUUGAAAGUUCAGCACGAUGUGCGUUUGCGUGUGUGCCAGUGUGUGUGUGAGUGUGUGUGUUGGGGGGUAUGUGUGUGUAAGUGUGCAUGUGUUUGCUGAUCUGGCAUGACUCUAACAUGCUCGACCCCGUGGUCCUGUUAUUAUUUUCUUUGAUCACAUCGAGGGCGUGUAUAUUUGCUUGCUUCGAAACAAUUGCACUACCUGCUAUGUUUUAAUUUGAGAGCUAAAUGGUAAUUAAUUAACAGUUAAUUACAAGCGUUCAUCUUCACUGUUGUUUUAUUCCUCCCGCCGAAAGGAGCAAAAUAAAUCCACAGAUGUUAUAAUUAAUCAAUAAUUACACUGCACAAAUAAUGACUGAUUGGGACCAGUUAGCAUGACCAAUUUAAAUUACAAUUGGUGCUAAUUCAUGUUUUUUUAUUAUAAUUAGAGUUACGGUAUCGCUAGUGAUACUAAAAAUCAAUUCCUGAUUUUUGAUCGAGGACUAAAGUAAGGUAUUCCUCAGUAACGUGUCUGAUCCACUGGAUAUAUGUGCCAUCUACUGUACUGCAAGCCCUUUCAACCUUCUCUCAUUUCCUUUAACUCUUUAAUCUCCUGUCAUCCCCCUCGUCCUCCUCUUUCUCCAUCCCUUCUCCACGCUUUGAAGUCAGCCCGGUCAAGCGGCCGUCCCAAACUAACGCCACACUCUGAUAUUCACCCAAGAGAUCCCCGUUGUGGCGGAGAUCCGGAGUGGCUAACGAGCUCGCGCAGGGCUCAGUGCGCUAUGUGUCGGGCCCCUGACGGGCCCCUGACGGGCUCCCCUGACGGUCGGUACCCAGCAUCGUCGUAGCGACGGGGGUGCUAUCAUGUCCUGUCGAGUCCCCACCACCACCCCUACCACCACCACACGCCUCCAACAUUGACUGUGCUGAUUUGCGGUAAAUGCUAGUGCCUUUGCUGUAUUGUGAAAACUGGAUAUUGAUUGUACUGUUGUACUGACAGAGCCUGGAGAUGGCCGGGCACUCUAUUUAUUAUUGUUGGACUCAAAUCAAUCAUAUUUUUCUAUGUAAGUGCUUUAAAUGAAUUCUGCCCUUUUUUUAAAUCAUUGCCUCUGA